AUGAAGGGCGACCCUAGGUACAAUCCUCGUGGAUUGCUGGAACCUGCUGCUCGUGGCUCAAAAGAGCUUCAGAGAUUGUUCUUCUUCGGUCCUGCCAAAGACGACCAGAUGCCCGCUCUCAAAUCUCACUACAAAUGGGGCGCCGAGCUAACAAUUCCGAGUCAUGAAGCAAACGCCGGUGGUUUUGGUGGCUUCACGACAAGUUACUAUCAUGGAGAUGCAGCCAUAAAGGCUGAGUCGCAAGACGGCUGGAACUGGUAUGAGAAGGAAGGCGGCAGGCAAACCUUCAGGUCUCGUCAGCUGACCACUUUCUUGUCUUCUCAAGAGGCUCAGGUCUACAUAUCCCCGGCUGCACAUCCGACCUGUCAGGUUCUCAUGGGCCCGUAUAAGCGCCAAACUCUCUUCAAGCUUAAACUACAUGCAAGUCUCGAUCUGAACGACCCCUGGAUACCACAGGCACCAUCUAUUAAUACACCGGCACUCGCACAAGACACAAAAUCGCAAAGGAACGGAUGGAUGCUCAACAUAGGCGAAAAGAUACAACACCUAGAAUGGGCACCUAACCUCUCAGGUUCUAGGCAAUUCCUGGCUGUCACAACUUCGCCUUUGAUAGGCUCCGAUGCAGAAGAGCAGAAUUUCAGCGCUCCUUAUGCACCAGCCUUCGCACCACGACCACCAUCAAAGUCGUCCAUACAGAUUUGGGAGUUUCGUGCCACUUCUCAGGGACGAAUCGAUGCUACAUACGCCCCGGUUCUGCGGAAAGUCAUUUGCUCUGAAUGGGGAGAUGUCAAGACAUUCAGAUGGUGCCCCAUGCCUCGACAUAUUGUAGCCGAACAGGCAUCAGAGCGAUUAAACCUGGGUCUGUUGGCUGGCAUCUGGGCAGAUGGUGCCCUGAGAGUACUGAACGUCUUUGUUACAGCGAAGGAUGCUGGAGAAACAGAGUACGAGCUGGUCAGUUCUGCAGCGUUUACUGCUCAGCCACCCAACACGAUCUGCACAUGCAUGACAUGGCUCAGCUCGACCAGCGUGAUUGCUGGAUGUGCCAAUGGAUGUAUUGGUGUCUGGAAUAUUCCAUCGUCGCUUCAGACCGCGUCAACAGCGGAUCAGCAAAAUUCUAACGCAGAGCCUAUCAUCUACUCUUCGAUAUCACAGACCUACAUACUCAACGUGACAACAUGCUACCCUUCACGACCCAAUAUCAUGAUCUCGUCUUCUAUGUCAGGCCACAUUCAAAUGACGGACCUGAUGGAGAUGACCUCCAAAGCAACCAUGGCUCCUGCCGCGACAGUGAGAGCUAGUCGCUCGCGUGUUGGAAGAUCUGUUCUCGUGUGGCAUGAGUUUGCCCAAGUAAUUCUUACAGUCGACGACAACUUCACUCUCGUCGCGUUUCCCAUCCGACGAUUCUUCCGUCAGAUCUCAUUCACGCGCUACAAAAGCUCGGUGGCAUGUCUUGCUCAUAGCCCUGUGCAUCCAUUCGUUAUGGCCGGAUGCAUUGGCGGCGAGGCCAUCAGCAACAACCCUUUGCGUCGCGCUUAUGAGAACAAGGUACCCAUCUGGAAUCAAACCUGGUUUACUCAUGAAUGGAGACAACGCAGCACUGAAGAGUCUACUGACAUCGGCACCCCCAAUGAUGAUGAACUCAUGACAGACGUAUCGAACGAGCCUGAAGAUCAUGCCACAAGCACAAAGAGCCAAGCAGAUUCCACGCCGCAAGAGAUCAGUCGAGUGCUGGAAGGAUUCAAGUGCAAAGAGAUAAAACUCUUCAACACCGAAGACGCAUUCACUCAUCGGGAGAACGGAGCAGUAUACUCGACCGUGUACGAUUUGAAGACAUCAAUCAAGUCCAUGUCCUGGAAUCCAAAUCUCCAUGUUGGCGGUUGGAUCGCCGCGGGCAUAGCUAACGGUCUCGUCAGAGUGGAGGAUAUUGCAUCAUAG